UGGACAAGAGAAAGAAAAUGGACAAUAAGGCAUGAGAAACAAGUGGAAGGAACACCAAAAACGUAGCUAGUUGCAAUUCCAACACCACCUCCUCUUAUCCACACACAGAACAAACCUCUGUUUCUCAAAUGGAGGAACAGCCAUGAAUGCUUCUCUGCUUCUUCCUCCAUCAUCACCAACCUCCACUUCUACCUCCUCACUCUCUUACCCAUACCCACUUCACCAUCCUCCACCUCCAUCUCCGUUUAAGUUCUCCAAAUCCAGCACCACCUUCAUCCUCAACUACACAAACCCCACCUCACACACUGCACCCAUCACUGCACCCGAGCCUCUGGACCACAAGCUGCUAACGCUCCUGCAGCAGAGGAAAACAGAGGAAGCUUGGAUUGCUUACACCCAAUGCACCCAUCUUCCUAAUCCCACGUGUUUAAGCCGUUUGGUCUCUCAACUUUCUUACCACAACACCCUGCCAUCACUCACGCGCGCCCAGUCCAUCCUCACGCGCCUCCGCAAUGAGCGCCAGCUCCACCGUCUCGACGCCAACUCACUCGGCCUGCUUGCCGUCGCAGCUGCAAAAGCUGGUCACACUCUCUACGCCGCCUCCGUCGUCAAGUCCAUGCUCCGGUCCGGCUACCUCCCGCAUGUCAAGGCCUGGAGCGCCGUCGUCAGUAGACUCGCGUCCUCCGGAGACUCGGUUGAGGCACUGGGGCUCUUCCGGGCCGUCACGCGCCGCCUCCGGAAGAUUACUGACCCUGAUGUGGCGGCGGACUCGCGGCCUGACACCGGGGCAUUCAACGCUGUGCUCAAUGCCUGUGCAAAUUCCGGGGAUGGUAAGAUGUUCUUGCAACUGUUUGAUGAAAUGCCUCAGUUUGGUGUUGUGCCUGAUGCGUUGAGUUAUAACAUUGUCAUGAAGCUGUGUUGUAGAAAGGAUAGGAAAGACUUGCUUGUGUUUGUGUUGGAGAGGAUUCUUGAGCAGAAUGUACCUUUGUGUAUGACUACUUUGCAUUCCUUGGUUGCUGCUUAUGUUGAUUUUGGCGAUUUAGAUACGGCUGAGAUAAUAGUUCAGGCAAUGAGGGAGAAGAGGAGAGAUCUUUGUAGGAUACUGAGGGAGUCCAAUUCAGAGUAUAUAGGUGGAAAGAAUGAUUCUGUUUUUCAGAAGUUGCUUCCUAAUUCGAUGAAUCAGAGUGGCAACGGCAAUGGUGGUGGUGUCUAUCAGCCUCCUUUGUUGCCAAAACCAUAUACUCCUAACACUAGAAUUUACACCACUUUAAUGAAAGGUUAUAUGAAGUCAGGGCGAGUUAGUGACACGGUGAGGAUGCUCGAGGCGAUGCGCCGGCAAGAUGAUAGUGCUAGUCACCCUGACCAUGUUUCCUAUACCACUGUGGUUUCGGCGCUUGUGAAGGCGGGUUUUAUGGACCGGGCUCGUCAAGUUCUUGCUGAAAUGACGAGAAUUGGGGUGUCUGCGAACCGGAUAACCUACAACAUUCUCCUCAAGGGUUACUGUAAGCAGCUGCAGAUAGACAAGGCAAGGGAAUUGCUUAGGGAGAUGGCUGAAGAUGCAGAGAUUCAGCCUGAUGUGGUGUCCUAUAAUAUACUUAUUGAUGGGUGUAUAUUGGUUGAUGACAGUGCCGGGGCUCUUUCCUUUUUCAAUGAGAUGAGGGCAAGAGAAAUAGCCCCAACCAAGAUUAGUUACACAACUUUGAUGAAAGCUUUUGCAUUGUCAGGGCAACCAAAGCUAGCUCACAGGGUGUUUGAUGAGAUGGUAAAUGAUCCUCGCGUGAAGGUGGAUUUAAUCGCGUGGAACAUGCUGGUUGAAGGAUAUUGCAGGUUGGGUUUGCUGGAAGAAGCAAAGAAACUGAUUGAAAAACUGAAGGAGAAUGGAUUUCACCCUGAUGUGGGAACUUAUGGCAGUUUUGCCAAUGGGAUUGCAUUAGCAAGAAAACCAGGAGAGGCACUUAUACUUUGGAAUGAAGUGAAGGAGAGGUGGGAGGCAGGAAGGGAUAGGGAAAACUCUGACUCUUCUGUUCCUCCAUUGAAACCUGAUGAGGGGCUUUUGGAUACUCUUGCUGAUAUCUGUGUGAGGGCUGCAUUUUUCAGAAAGGCCUUGGAAAUUGUGGCGUGCAUGGAAGAGAAUGGGAUACCUCCAAAUAAGACCAAGUUUACUAGAAUCUAUGUGGAAAUGCAUUCAAGAAUGUUUACUAGUAAGCAUGCUUCAAGGGCUAGGCAAGACAGGAGAGUGGAGAGGAAAAGGGCAGCUGAGGCUUUUAAGUUUUGGCUGGGUUUGCCUAAUUCUUACUAUGGAAGUGAGUGGCGAUUAGAACCUAUUGAUGGAUAUGGAUCUGGCUCUGAUUCUGAUUCUGUUUAGUUGGUUACCUCUGCUGCAUCAUGGCCUCUUCCAGAACAAACUGCACAACUGGAAAGUAGAAAUCAAUGUACCUUGGAAAAAAAGAGACUAUUUUGCUCUAAAAAUGUCUGUCAUUACAACACAGAGAUGUCUGUGUCAUUACAACAGUUUUUCAAGCAUGUAAACAUAUAGACAAUCUUUUAAGAAAGAGUUUUGAUACUAUACUUAUUUUUCUUUGUCAUCA